UGAGAGGGUUUGUGUUCGUGCGCAUCCUCUAUGAAGACGAAGCCAGAGCAGCCAUUGGAGUGUUGGAUGGUAAGCAGAUUGAUGGGAGAGUGGUCUCCGUUUAGGCAGUGAUCUCCAAACCGGGUCAACAGAGGAAAUCUAAUCAUAACCAUCAACAAAACCCUGAACCGAUCCCCCUGAAGCCUAAAUUAUACAGUGAAAUCCUCAAGAGAAAACCCCCACCCUUACAUCCGAAACCUACAGUCGCUGAGACUUAUUCCGUCACAGCGGACCUAGCCUCGGUCGAUCAUAGGAGACGAUGUUUGGAGACGAGUUUGUGGUUUCACGAGCCAACCACAAACUCCCAUCAUCCACCUCCUCUGGGCCCUCAGGAACUCCAUAUUUAUAACAUCGGCUGUGGAUAUUGUCAGGAUGUCCCCGCAUGCUUUUCUACUACAGUUCAAAUCCAGAGAGGAGCUCAGCGAUUUUUCCACUGACUUAGCCCUUCACUCAGCCAUGGGUCUGGACAGGUUUGAACCGUGGCAUCCAAAUUCGGUGAUUGGUCACGACGGUUCCUGGAUUAGAUUGUAUGGAAUCCCAGCCCACGCCUGGUUCGAAUUGGUGAUCGUUGAUAUCGGACAGCACUUUGGGAAGGUGGUUCAGGUAGACUCGAUGGCAGGAUAUGGCCUCUUCCAGGUCUUUGCAAGAGUGAAGAUUAUCUUGAAGCCAGGGAGGGAUUUAUCCAAAGUCAUUGAACUUAAGGCGGGUCAGGACGCCUACCUGGUAUUUGCAGCGAUUGAGGAUGCUGGAGGUGAGCUCCGGAGCUUCUCCCACACUCACCCAACCCCAAAGGUACCGCCAGAUAAAAAUCAGAAUACAAGGGAUUGGGUUGUAUCUACCUUCUUCCAAAACAAGGGAGAGCAACUAGGGUGUCCCCUAUCUGCUCGACAUAAUGCCCCUCAAAGCUCAAGUGUAAAAGGCUCCACGGCAAGUCUAGUCAACAGAUCCCUGAGCGAUGUGAGCCCCCAGGACUCUUUCAUCCCAGCAAAGCCAGCCUCAGCAGAACCGCUAGCCAUUGCCUUCCCUUCCAGGGAAGUUGCACUCCUCAGGGGCCUUGAUCAACAGCAACAAAACACUCCAGCUUUGCAGACAGAGGAUAUCCAAAGCACCUGCUCCCCAAGCCUUCACCCAGCUCCCACAGCCUCCAUCCAUCCAGAGCAGGUCUCCUUCCCAGCUCUCAAUCAGCACCAAACAGUGAAUGCUGAUCAAGCCGUUAGUGAUAUCAGAUUCCGGGUGCAUCCUCUCAUGCGGGAAGACAAUAUUACUACUGCCGGUAAUAAGCCUGACUGCCUAAUCCCCUACCAUAGGAGAAUGCAUUCCCAAUCAGAGGGAGCCAAGCCGAGAAAUCCUACAAUCAUUUGCCAACCAUCAGGAGACAUCUCUCCUACUCAGGUGAUAUCGAUAGCUAGAAUUGAAGCUCCCUCUCCAGACAUGGGCCAAAUUCAUAUAGACCUAUCGCUAUUCUUCCAAGCUUGCCCAAAUCAAAGCCCGGACCGUCUACAACAAGAUAGCCUUAUCCAACCCAACAAGGCUAAGCAAGUGUAAGGCAUUUCAAUGGUAUCUGUGAGAGAAAGGCCAGCAGUGGACUUGUCGGAUAAACAGCCAGCUUCAGAAGAUGAUAGGGGACACACAAUUGGAGAAGCAGACAGUGCAGCCAGAGUUUACCUGAGCAGCUUCAUCAAGUCUUGGUGAGGCAAAAAGAGGAGUAAGAGCAACAGGGCCAUCAACUCGGGUAGCGCUUCUGAUGGAUAGUAUCCUUCUUUGGAAUGUGAGGGGAAUUGGGAAUUCUCCCUCAGUCAGACAUAAAAAGACUCAUCUCCAUCUACAAACCAGGGAUAGUGAUCGUCAUAGAACCCAUGAUUGCAGACGCUAUGAGAGUGAAAACAGGGUUGGCCCACCAUGAGGAUUAUCUUAUGUAAAAAUCAGCCCCAUCUACUCAUAAAGCAGACCAUACUAGUAUUUUGUCAUAUAUCAGUGGCUAUAAAUUAUUUUCUAUGGUGUGGCCCACCAAUGAAAGAAUGGGGUUUAUUUUUGUACAAGGAGAUCCUCAUGGCGUGGCCAAUCUGUUGGAUGGGGUGGAUGCUAGUUGGAAGUGUCUGGUUGGGUGUACGGUUAGGUGUGAGAAUUUCUCAUACAUAAUUCCGACUAAUUAAGAGAAAUUCUCCGGUCUUCUCAUAACAAUAUAAGUUGUAUUUCUCCUA